UGAUGCGUUUUCUCGAAGGCAUCAGCUCUCGCUUGUCACAGCUUGAACUCUACUGCUACAACCUUGAUAAGACUAUUGGUGAGAUGCGAUCUGAUUUGACUCGUGAUAACGAGGAGGCUGAUGUUAAGCUUAGAUCUAUGGACAAACAUCUUCAAGAGGUGAAUAGGUCGGUUCAGGUUCUUAGAGACAAACAAGAGCGAGCUGAUACGCAGAAAGAGCUAGCGAGGCUUCAACUUGUGCAGAAAGAUUCAUCUUCCUCUUCACAUGGUGAGGAGCGGGUUGCGACGCCUGUUCCAGAGCCAGAGAAGAGCGACAACACCUCAGAUGCACACAACAACCAGCUCGCACUUGCUUUGCGUCACCAAAUAGCACCGCCACCACUGCAGCCACAGCCACAGCCACAACACCAGCAGUAUUACAUGCCUCCUACUACACAGCUUCAAAACACACCUCCACCAGCGCCUGUUCAUGCGCCACCAUCUCAACCUCAAGCACCAGCGCAGGCUCAGUUCAUGCCCCCACCUCCUGCUCCAUCCCACCGCUCAGCCCAAGCUCAGUCAUUCCCGCAGUACCAGCAAAACUGGCCUCCUCAGCCGCAGGCGAGGCUACAGUCAAGCGGAGCUUACCCUACAUACUUGCAUGCGCCACCAAGCAACCAAUCUCCAGUUGAACAGUUGCCAAGCAGCAUGCAGAUGCAAUCGCCAUACGCUGGACCUCCUCAACAGUCGAUGCAAACUUACGGAUACGGUGCACCGCCACCACAGGCUCCGCAGCAGACAAAGAUGUCUUAUAACCCCCAGACAGGCGAUGGUUAUCUACCCGCGGGGCCUCCUCCUCCUCCCGGGUAUACCAAUGCCAUGUAUGAAAGUGGGCGGAUGCAAUACCCACCACCAGCUCAGCAACAUCAGCAACAGCAAGUUCAUUAUAUGCAAGGUCCACAAGGUGGUGGGUACGCUCCUCAGCAGCACCAGGCAGAUGGUGGUAACACCGGGACACCACCUCCUGUGUUGAGAUCGAAAUAUGGUGAAUUGAUAGAGAAGCUAGUGAGCAUGGGGUUCAGAGGAGACCACGUGAUGGCGGUGAUUCAGCGGAUGGAGGAGAGUGGCCAAGCUAUAGACUUCAACGCCCUCCUUGACAGACUGAACGUGCAGUCUUCAUCAGGUGGGCCUCCCAGAGGGUGGUGAAGCCAUUGUUGGCUCCUCUACUCCACAAUAUAAACUGCUUCCUUCCUUAUCAAGGCUUACGUUU